CCUGAAGAUGUCUUUCUGGAAUCUUGUCUUCUCUUGGACAUCCAUAAAAGGAAACAGACUUUGACCCCAAUUUCCUUCAUUUACUUGACACCAAUACCAUAAAAAUAUUAAGAAGCAGCCCUUAUAUAUCAGAACAGUGAAAAGGUUCAUGUGAUUUCAUAGGAGAAACUGUGGUCGAAGGAAGUCAGCUUCCCAAAGAUAAUCAAGAUAUUACUGAUAUUACAAAAGAUGGCCUGGAAGAAGAACAGACUAAUACAAAGCUUUGGGUCACUCCUCUUAGUGAUUUUACUUCUGCCAUGUGCAUUAAUGAAUGUCAUCCUAACUGUGAACAACAACCCUGAAAACUUUGUUCUACCUGCCACAGUUAACUCUUCAAAGUCUCUAUUAUGUGCAGUUCAGAAUCACAGCCAAGGGGAAGAGUUACUCUGGUUCCGGGAAGAUGGGAGAGUAGACCUGAGAGCUGAAAACAAAAUCAACUCUAGUGCCAUCUGUGUCUCUGUCAGGGAGGAUGACAAUGGAGUCACCUUCACCUGCAAGUUGCAACGGGACCAAUCCAUGAGCAUCUCUGUGAUUCUGAAUGUCACUUAUAGUCCUACUCUGAGUGGGAAAGAUGUCCAAACAGUGGAGGAAGGAAGCAACGUGAAAUUAGACUGUAAUGUGAAGUCGAAUCCCUCGGCUGAAAUGACGUGGUACAGAAACAACGAUGUCCUGAAUCUGGAGAAAAACCAUCACCAGAUAUAUCAGACGAGUGAGCUCUUCCAGCUGUCCAUCUCCAAGGUCCAGAAAUCUGACAAUGGGACAUAUAAUUGCCAAGCAAAAUUUCUUGAGAAAACGAUAACCAAGGAUUUCCACCUGAUCGUUGAAGAUAAAAAAUUCACAGUUCCCAUCGAACCCAUUAUUGCGGCAUCUGUGGUGGUUUUCUUCACCAUAAUGUUUGGACUGUUUGCAAGAAGACAAAAGCUAAUGAAGCUCUGCAUUAAAGACCAGAGUCCUCAAAGCGAAACCCCUCUGUAAAGAAUCGAGCUGCUAAAAAGAGAAGAGGGCAGUACCAGGGCCUCCCUGAGUGUGCAAUCUCUUGUGUAUUCCUUGCUUUUAUUAAAAAAUGCUCUCUGUGGAUGGUCAGUGAUAAUGAAA